UUAGAAAAUCCAGGGUUAACAAAGCUCGCUGAUAUCCAGCUUCAUGACACCGGUUAUCCUCUCCCGCUCCCCGUCGCGCGCACAGGUAUCGAUAAUAAAGCGCGAGCCGUAACUGACUGUGGCAUCGAUUAAGCUCGGCUUGGUUCCGUCUCAGAUUUGAUUAGCAAAUCUGGUAUUGAAACAUCUCGGAUAACUGCGCGCACCCGCUCCGACAGGAAGGGGAGAUCAAUCGCACUCCGAAACCUCGAUCACAGCCCAUGAACGCGGACAGAGAUUUCCAGAUGAUGAAGAAACAUGAGAGGGCCCACUUCUUCAGCUCCAAAGAGCAGGAACUCAUUCUGAAGUUGUAUGAAGAAGAGAGAGAGAUACUGACAGCCAAAUCCAACACUACCAGCGCCUCGAAGCUGAGAGAGGAGGCCUGGCAGAGAAUCGCUGAUAAAAUAAACGCGGUGUCGGACAGCGGCUACAAAAGGACGUGGCAGCAAGUGAAAGUCAAACAUAAAAAUAUAGUGCAAACAGCGAAAAGAAGAAGAGUGGAGGUGAUGAGGAACGAGGGGUCGCUGACCUCAGCAGAGGAUGAUGUGCUGCAGCACAAAGGUGACAGUCUGAGGGUGGAGGUCCUCCCUGGAGGUGCCUGCAUUGAACCACUGACUGGAUCUGACAGCUCUUUCAUCAGCGUCUCAGGCCACCCUGUCCUCCUGCUGCCUGCAACAAAGACUGAACCGGAGAGCCUGAGCAGCGAUGAGACGGACGUCAGUGACACUCAAUUUGAAGGGGAUGUGCACAGCAGCAGCUUCCAGGAGAGGCCCAAGUCCACGUGUGCUGCAUCCGCUGGCCGAGGUGCAGAGAGGCAGACGGAGGACGUUAGAGCCCUUUACUGCUGCUACCUCAGGAAGGAGAUGGAGAACCGGGACCAACAGAUGGCAUUCAGAGCUCUUAAAAUGAAGAAGCUGGAGAAAGAAAUCUUGUUACUGGAUAAACAGCUGAUGUGACUGUGGCAAAUAUUUGAUAUAUUGAAGGUCAGACAGUUGUAAUAACUCGCUUCAGUCACAUCAUUCAGUCACAUAAACUCAUAUGUUGCCUUUACUGCAGCACACCUGCAGGGGAGUGUGUGGGUCGGGGAGUUUGCUGUAAUGGUUGACAGCUUCCAGUUCUGCCAUCAGGUGGGUCAGAGCUUUUCUUAUUGCUGCAGCGUUGCACUGUGCAGCUCAGUGUGUUCACUAUGCAGUGCAAUCAGAGGCCCGGUGAGGGUUCAGACUGGGGGGGCUUGUAUGAGGGGCAGCUGCGUGGCCUCUUUGCUCCAGGAGGAUUCCAUCAUCACAUGAGUUACAGUUUGCUUUGGCACACGUUUGGUUGUGUUGUUGACCAGAAUGACUGAAACAACUGAUGUCUUUGGUUUGAGGGAACUUAUCAGAUGAGCAGUGAAGGAACUAAAGUGAACAAACAGUCAUUAUAUUUCAGAUCUGUAAAUCCUUUGCAGUCCGUGACUGCUGAGGUCUGACAGGCCUGCACUGCUGCCAUGUUCACCUCACGCUUAUUUUAGAGGUUUUGUUCAUGGAGUCUGGUCUUCAGACACAUGCUCUGGUGGGCUAUGGUCAGGUAACUCACUGGCUGCUUUGUGUGCAUGUUGUGGACGCGUUGUGGCCGACCUCUCAUCACUGUGCUGAAACAUUUUGAUACGAUGUGGACUCACAGGAAGGUGCUGAUGUGUGUCAGCAGCAGCAGAGGUUUCUUCAUUCUUUCUGUUAGAACUGUAAUGUUCUGACACCAAGCUGCCGGUGCAUUUACACUGUGAAGGUCUUCAUAGAACUGUCUCUCUUCAAAAUGUCAGUGGUUCAUUUUCCUUUUUAAAUGUGUUCAUUUUAAAUUGUCUUUUUUUAAGUUUUCAACUGAUAAUCUGAUCAGUGUUUCAUUUUAUCAGGACACCUGAUGAGAAAACUGUCAGAAUAUAUUUAUCAAUGAGUGCUAUUGUUGUUUUUGUUUAUCAUAUUUUUUUAUUCUUGAAAUGAAAUGCUUCAGAUACAUUAUAAUCAUCUGUGACAUGUAAACAUGAACGUGUAUCUCAAAGCUCUUGGAAACAUUAAUUAUAAAAAACGCUCAGUUAUUACGA